UUCAACAAAAAAAAAAAAAGGGGAAAGAAAAGAAAAGGUGCCACCUGGGCGUCACCUGAGGGAUAAGACGUGUUGUUCAUCUUCUUCUUCACUACCCAGUCACAGGUAGCCAUUCUAUCCCCACCAAAGCUCAAAUUUCAAUCUUGGGCUUCAAAGUUCAACAAUUUUACAAUGCUACUCAACGCCGUCUGAUGAGUUUGCUUUUAAUUUCGCAUUAAAAAUGGACGGUCUAUCUUGCGCCGCAGCUACCACCUCCGUUGCUUAUUCCUUCUCCGUCAGCAAGUUUUUGCUGUUUCCUUCUGUGUCAGUAUCAAGAGUACAAGUGAAAAGAAAGGCGAAAAGGGUUUCUUUCAGGGUUUUUGCGGAGAAAGAAGAACCAAAGCUUGACAAAUGGGACCAAAUGGAGCUCAAGUUUGGCCGCUUGCUCGGCGAAGACCCCAAACUCACCAUUGCCAAGAUAAUGGGUAGAAAAGCAAACCCUGAAGCAUCUUAUAUUGAAAUUGAGAAAGCAUUUUAUAAGAACAACGGGAAAAUAGUGGAAAUAGAGGAGGUUCCUUUUGAUGUUGACAAGAAAUUGCCCACCGCAUCUUCUGAUGGUUUAAAUUUAGUUCGUCCUGUUCCGAACAAGGGAAUCAAGUUUCAAGCUGAUGAUAAGCCAGCUGUAUCUGAGAUAAAGAGACCAACUCUGUCAGAUGGAAAGGCUUUGGGUGGUGCAAGAAGGGGCAGGCUUCCAAAUGUUAUCUUGAGAAGGCCAACCGUGAUGAAUGAAAAUGAUGUAGAAGACAGGCCAUCCAGGUUUAGGAUGAAACCAAAUUUGUCAUUGAAAAUGGGGAAUAUAAAAGCAAAGGAACAUUAUAGUGAUAUGACUUUGUUGAGAAAGCCGGAACCAAUGAGUGUUGAUACAAGCAUCGAUGAGAAGCAAGAUUCUGAUGAUAGUGUUGGGCUGGAGAAAGAGAAAGAAGUGGAGGACAGAAUUGGUGAUUUUACAUUGUUAAAAAAGCCUGAACAGAUAAGUGCCAAUACAAAGAUUGUUGAAAAACAAGAGCAGUUUGGAGAUUUAGAAGUUGAGGGGGAAAGGUUGGAGGCAGAGCUAGAAGCUAACAUGCUGGCUAAUGCAACAGAGAGUAGUUUUGAAGAAGCAUUGGAAGCGGGGCAUAGCUCAAUCCCUAAGAAACGUGAGAUAGAGGACGACUCUUUAAUUGGAAUGCGGCCAAUUGACGUAAGUAAUAGGGUGGCUACUGAGGAAUCUGGCAUUGUUCUCUCCAUGGAAGCUGCACUGCAGGGGAAGCCAAAAAGAUUAGAUCAAUCUGUGAAAGAAACAUCAGACCCCAAUAAAGCAGAAACUGUUCCCACCAACCCUGAAGAUUAUGGUGAUCUCCCCUCUAUAUCACCUCAGGAGGAUAGUGAUUGGACCAGGGUUGAAGAUCUGCUUAAGACAGGACAAUGGGAAAAAGUGGAGUUAAUAAGCUCUAGCACAAGAGGUUUUGUUGUAUCGUUUGGUUCUUUGAUUGGAUUUUUGCCUUACCGCAACCUUGUUGCUAAAUGGAAGUUCUUAGCUUUUGAAUCAUGGUUGAGAGAGAAGGGCUUAGACCCAUCUGCUUAUAAGCAGAAUUUAGGAGUCAUUCGAAGUUCUGAUAUAAUGUGCAAGAACUCUUUUCUGGAUUCAAACUCAAUUUCAGAAAAUAACCAACAAUUUGAGGGAAAACUUUCACCAGAUAUGAAAUUGGAAGAUCUUUUGAGGAUUUAUGAUCAAGAGAAGCUUAAAUUCUUGUCCUCAUUUGUUAGUCAGAGAGUCAAUGUAAAUGUGCUAAUGGCUGACAGAAAGGACAGAAAACUUAUAGUUUCUCUGAGGCCAAAAGAAAAGGAAGAGUUAGUAGAGAAAAAGAGAAAAUUUAUGGCCAAGCUUCAUGUAGGGGAUGUUGUAAAAUGCUGCAUUAAGAAAAUCACUUAUUUUGGUAUAUUUGUGGAGGUUGAAGGCGUGCCUGCUCUGAUUCACCAGACCGAAGUAUCAUGGGAUGCCACAUUGGAUCCUGCAUUAUAUUUCAAAAUUGGUCAGAUUGUCGAGGCAAAAGUUCACCAAUUGGAUUUCACACUUGAGCGUAUAUUUUUAUCUUUGAAGGAGAUAACGCCAGAGCCACUGACUGAGGCCUUGGAGGCUCUAGUUGGUGAUCAUGAUAACUUAGAUGGAAGAUUACAAGCAGCACAAGCAGACUCUGAGUGGCCUGAUGCAGAAUCACUUAUCAAAGAAUUGCAACAGAUUGAAGGGGUUCAAUCAGUUUCAAAGGGCCAAUUUUUCUUGAGCCCUGGUUUAGCUCCAACAUUCCAGGUUUAUAUGGCAUCCAUGUUUGAGAAUCAAUAUAAGUUACUUGCUCGAUCAGGAAACAAAGUACAAGAGGUCAUUGUUCAAGCAUCAUUGGAUAAAGAAGAGAUGAAAUCUACAAUUCUAUCAUGCACAAACAGAUUGGUGAAGGUUAAGAGAGAGAACAGAAAGCAUGGGGGAGCCAGGGUGGGGGAUUGUUUGAUUUUCUUGUUCACCCUCUGUAUCACUAUAACGGCAUUCUUUCGUCCUGUAUGCAAUUUGUUUUUUUACACCAAGGUUCAACUUACAUAAACAUUGAAUUAAUGUCUUAUUGAAUUUCACUGUGAACAGCCACCUCUAAUGCUAUUUAAGUUUGAAGGCUUUUUUAGGAUGCAAAUGCCACAUUUCUUGGUUUAGUUUGUUCAGGUUUUGUUCAUGAAACAUUUUUUUUUCCCAAUAGGCUUUUCUCUUCACAUCAUUGAGAUCCAUUAGUUUUUGCAAUGAGAUAAAUGGCAAAGUGACGAAGAUUUCAAGUCAUUGCUGGAUUGUCCUUACUGGCAUUAAAGUCAGCAGGGACAAGUUUUCCCUUUGAGUCUACGUUUCAGCUUAAAAUGAAUUGAAUUUGCAGGCCAAGGUGACUUAGUUGCUUCUGAUUUCUACUUCUGGCCCCCUUCCCAUCUGUUAUGACAGCAAAAUGACAAAUUUGAAAUAAUGCAAAUUA